AUGCGGUUCCAUCUUGCUUCGGCAAGCAGCAGUCUUAUUGAGGCGGCCCAGACGCUCCCAAAGUGCGCUGUAGCUCUGCAGGAGUCUUCGUGUUCCCCGACCGACAAGCAGUGCCUCUGUAAAGACCGGAAGAUGCUGUCCAGCGUUGGGUCGUGCAUGUUGACAGCAUGCAAGCCGAUGGAUAGUCUGAAAACCCAGAGAACCUUUCACGAGCUUUGCGAACUGCCCCCGCGCGACAGGCGGAAGCAGUUCAAAGCCACCUCUUGGGCCCUGCUGGGCAUCUGCAUCGCCGCCGUGCUCGUCAGGCUGAUGCACAAGUUCGCACAUGGGAUCUCGGGCUGGCGCAUCGGCCCCGACGGUCAGCCGGUGGGUGCUGCGCCGCCCGGGCUGGACGACCUCACGUUCGCGCUCUCCGUGGCCACGUCCAUCGCCUUCUGGGUCAUCUGCAUCUACGGCAUCGGCCCGGCUUCCGGCAACCCGAUCGGCACCGACCUCUGGACCCUGUCGCACGACGAGGUCACCGACUUCAUCGUCAUGAUGCUCAUCCUCGAGGUCCUCUACAUCACAAACAUCUUCCUGCUCAAGACGUCGUUUUUCCUCUUUUACCUGCGCAUAUUUUGCCGGCGGGGCGCAGGCGGCGGCACAGUCCUGGGCGUGGACUUUGGCCGCGUCGUGCUGGCCACCAUGUUUGUCAACGGGGUCGUCUGGAUCGUCACCUCCAUGCUGGUCAUCUUUCGCUGCUCGCCGAUCCAGUACCAGUGGAUCGGCUGGGACAGGAUGCAGCAGGGCCACUGCAUCAUGGACACCCACGCGCUGGUGUGGGCGCAUGCCAUCGUCGGGUUGCUGAUAGACUUGUGGAUGAUCUACCUGCCUAUAUCGCAGAUUUGGGGCAUUCAAAUGAACCUCGGGAAGAAGCUCGCCGUCUCCAGCAUGUUUGGCGUCGGUGCCUUUGCCACUGUGGUCAGCAUCCUACGGCUGCGCCUGGUCUUUAGGGCCUCAAGCGACAAGCGGAACUCGACCUGGGAUGAUUUUGACCUCGUGCUCUGGUCGUCCCUCGAACUCGGCGCCGGCACCUUUUGUGCCUGCAUGCCCAGCCUCCGACACGUCUUCAUGGCCUUCGUCCGACGCGGCGUGGACAGCCUGGCCAGCAAGACGUCGCGUUCACGCCAGAGUUCUGACCCGCGGACACGCUCAUCUGCGACGGGGUCGAGAGGACGGGCCGAUACCACGGGAUCAGUCAAGACGUGCUCGGCGACGACGACGGGGUCGGGUGUCCCGUCGGAUCUCGAGGAGGGCAUCGUCGACGACCAUGGCAGACAGGAUUCUGAGGGCCGGGGCUGGCAGGGCUGCCCUCCCAUGUCUCAGCCAGAGACUUGUGAUGCUGUUUUCCAAAGUACGCCAGAGCCUCGUCCGAGUUGA